AUGGAACUAGUAAAUGUUUAUGAAAGUGACAACCAUGAGACCUGCAGCAAGUACAAUAAGAUGGGACUUAACAGAGAUGGAGAUACUUAUGCAAACAAGGACCGAAAACUCAGCUACACUGAAGAAAGAGCUCGAAACCAAAGAGUUCUGCAUAUAAAGCUCACGGCAGAGAGAGAGGUACAAGCAACACACAUGUUACAGUCCAGUUCAAGAGAUCAAAAAGAGAAAGACCUGUUACAGAACAGCUUCAGCUCUUUGAGUCAGAAGAAGUUGGAGCUGGAGACCAGAGUCAAAGAUCUCACCGCUGAGAAAGACCAGUUACAGAGCAACUUCAGCUCUAUGAGUCAGGAGAAGCUGGAGCUGGAGACCAGAGUCAAAGUCAGAAGAAACUGGAGCUGGAGACAAAGUCAAAGACUAACCGCUGAGAAAAGCCAGUUACAGAGCAGCUUCAGCUCUUUGAGUCAGAAGAAACUGGAGCUGGAGACCAGAGUCAAAGGUCUCACCGCUGAGAAAGACCAGUUACAGAGCAUCUCCAGCUCUUUGAGUCAGAAGAAACUGGAGCUGGAGACCAAAGUCAAAGAUCUAACCGCUGAGAAAAGCCAGUUACAGAGCAGCUUCAGCUCUUUGAGUCAGAAGAAACUGGAGCUGGAGACCAGAGUCAAAGAUCUCACCACUGAGAAAGACCAGUUACAGAGCAACUUCAGCUCUUUGAGUCAGAAGAAACUGGAGCUGGAGACCAGAGUCAAAGAUCUAACCGCUGAGAAAAGCCAGUUACAGAGCAGCUUCAGCUCUUUGAGUCAGAAGAAACUGGAGCUGGAGACCAGAGUCAAAGAUCUAACCGCUGAGAAAAGCCAGUUACAGAGCAGCUUCAGCUCUUUGAGUCAGAAGAAACUGGAGCUGGAGACCAGAGUCAAAGAUCUCACCACUGAGAAAACACAGUUACAGGGAAACAUUGGAUCUUUGAAUCAGAAGAAACUGGAGCUGGAGACCAGAGUCAAAGAUCUCACUACAGAGAAAACACAGUUACAGAGCAACUUCAACUCUUGGAGUCAGAAGAAACUGGAGCUGGAAACCAGAGUCAAAGAUCUCACCGCUGAGAAAACACAGUUACAGGGAAACAUUGGAUCUUUGAAUCAGAAGAAACUGGAGCUUGAGACCAGAGUCAAUGAUCUCACUGCUGAGAAAAGCCAGUUACAGAGAGAUUUUAACUCUCUGAAUGAGAAGAAACUGGAGUUAGAACGCAGAGUCACGUCUCUGAGUGAGGAACUGAAGAAAGAAGCAUCUAAAAGAGGUUGGUUUUUCGUGUCCACUGAGUUGAAGAGCUGGUCUGACAGCAGACAGUACUGCAGGGAUCAUGGAGCUGAUCUGAUCAUUAUCAAGAGUGAAGAGAAGCAGAGACACAUAUCUUCAUUCAUCAGUGAGAGUGUGUGGAUUGGUUUGUCUGACAGAGAGAACGAGGGCAUCAUGAAAUGGGUGGAUAAUUCAAAGCUGGAUCAAGUGUUUUGGGCCACGGGUCAGCCGGAUAAUUAUCAAGGUGGAAAUGAGGACUGUAUUGAACUGAUGCCUUCACAUCCCAUCCUGGAGAACUGGAAUGAUCGCCCAUGCUUUGAAAAGAAAAAAGGGAUUUGUGAGAAAUAGGGUUCAUCAUUGUCUUGCUUUUGCAUGCUUUCACAUUCCUCCAUUAAAGCAACUGAUAGUAUGUCCAACUUCUGCUGUUAUGUUUCUCAUUUGUUGUUCUAAAUGUGUUGAGGUGACAAUCAUAGUAGAAGUCUAAAGUGCUCUGAUUUUGAGUGUCUGUAAAAUUGCUUCUGAUUUUAAUUGCUUUCUGUUUUAAUCAAAUGGUCAAUUGACAGUAU